AUGGCCGAUGCAAUGUUAUACCGCAGUGCUAACCACCCAGAAAAGACACGAUUGAUCUUUAAUGCACAAUUACAUCAACAGCUGAAGAAUAUUGCCAAGAAUCGUGAAGUUACGACCGUUCUAGGAGCUCCUACUAUCUCGAGCAAUGGUAGUAUGCGUCCUACACAACCUGUAGGCCGCUCGUCAGAGCUAAAUGGUUGGAAUUUAGAGAAGAAAAUGAUAGCACUUGUUGAGAUACUGGACCUAUUGCGACGUCCUUUCUUUUUCUAUUUGGAUUUUGGCACGGCUGCAGCUGCUGCAGCUUCAAAUGGAGGCAGCGCUGGAACGACUGGGGAUCGUAAACUCACUUAUCACUCGUACUUUAACAAGAUGUUACCGCUACAUGUAGGACAAACUGUAUUGCUUGAUUUGUGGGACUAUUUGAUGGAUAUGGUUGAUCACGUGCCGGUACGCAAUCGCUGUAGAGCUCUGUAUUUACAGGCGGCAGUGUAUAUUUGUCGUCGUGUGGAAUUUCUCGAGGGAUAUCCGCUAGAUGGACAGCAGGUACAUCUGGACUCGCUUGUAUCGAAACGAUAUAUUCGUUUAUUGGAACGAAGCGUGCAUUUUUGCUCCGUCAAGAUCCGGAAAGCUCGUUUUAUGGCGGAAGAGUACCGAUUUUUUGCAGCACAUGUUUACACAGCAGUGUAUUUCCGCUUUCCUUUUGCCACGCCCAAGUUGCUGGAAGCUGUGUUGCAAUGCACAGAAAAACUAGAGGAAGCGGGAGACAAAGCUGGUAAGAAUAAAAGCGCCAAGUGUGGAACAGGUGGCAGGUUAUAUGAGAGCUCGAACGGGGUAAAGAGUAAUGGUGCUUGUCCUCCGAAGGCGAAGCGUCAGUAUCGUGGAAGCAGCACCAACAGCUUGCGCAGUCCUCGAGAUUAUCGCCGCCACUGGAAUGAUAUUUCAGAAUCCAAGUGUCGGCCUGAUUGUAUCAGUGGUGUCGAUUUGCAGCUCGAAAUUUUCUCGUCUUUCUCAAAAUACAAGCUGAAUCGGGGUACAGAUCGUCUGGUGGUGCCUGUGAAAGGCGGGAGACACAAGUUACAGAACGACGCAUUUGUGAAGCUGGCUGUGACAACUCGAGCCAAGAUUGAAGCGGAACUGGACCUGUUUAUUGAACGGAUAAAAUCGCCAGGGCGGGAUGAUCUCAUGGGCGUGACCUUUGUGGCCGCCAUGCUGAAUGAUGUGAGCAGUUGGUGUAACCAUCGCUAUGCCGAUGGUAAAAUUUUGUGGCAUUGCGUUCCUGGCUACUUUGCGCUUGUUCGCAUGUAUGUGGUCGUCUUCCAGCGCAUGUGCCAACGACGUGCGCGAUCUAGCAUGGGAUCUUCAUCUUUGCCAUCAGUAAAUCGCAUUUUGUCCAUUAUUGAGGGCAAAACAAGCGAUCCCUGGGUGGACUAUUGGAAUGAUUGUGAAAUCGAUGCAGUGCUAGACGCAGGCAGUGAGAUACUGAAAAACGAAGCACUGGUGAAUGUGCUUAUGCAAAUCAUCUUAGAGAGCACAAAUAUCCUUGAUCCUGCUAGCGUUAAUUACUCGUUUGGAAUUUUGCAACGAAUGCUUGAGAUAGCCUCCAUGGCUGCAAUGCCUGAUGCAUCGGAGGUGUCAUCGAGCGGGAAAUUCGGCGGUCGUGUUCGUCACUGCCUCGGAGCAGCAUUUGAUGGAGACUAUUUUUUGAGAAGCAUGCGCAGCGCUCUGCAGUCAUCGCACGUGCAAACGGUGCUGAAAGUACUUACGUGCAUUUACAAUUGCAUCGACCUGUUGCCAACUACUGCCCGUAAGCGUCUUGUUGCGGAACUGAUCCUACGCGAGAAUUUCUCCCAUUUUUUUCUGCAUUGGAACGAAGAGAUUCGUAAGAUUUUCUGCUACAUGAUUGUAUUCAAGACGUCGGCUUCGAACCGGUUAGACUUGCCCAGUGCAUCUGACCGAAUCCUGCUUGCCCAGACACCAUUUUUUGUAGUCGGUCCGACAUCCAGAUCGAACGGCUCGAGUUUGUCAGCUGCAUCGCCUGCACUCAGUUACUUCAGUCAGUUAAGCGAACUGGCUCAAGCCAUGUUGCGGCCCACUGCGGACAGCGAGAUGGAUCCAGUGAAGAAAGCAGAUGUUGGCAAAACAGCAUUGCAAUGUCUCACAAACUGGGAUUCGAGUGCACGAUUGAAACGCACACGCAGCGGUGGUGAUGCCGUUUUUCGAGACAGUCUCGUUGACGAGGAAUUAUCUGUGGACCUUUCUAUUGCAAGCAAGCUAGAUGCGAAUUUCAAAAUGAUUGCCGAGCAAAUGAAGGCUAAGCACCAGCAUGCACCUGUUAAACAGUAUUUUCCUCGAGAGUUGGAGGCUUACGCUGAGCGCGCACUAUCGCAAUACGUUUUGGUAUUAUGGGAAUACUACGAAGCAGCUUUCGAAAACCCAGCAAAGAUGCCGAUAGCGCCGUCGCUCGAGUUUGCAAUUUCCGUGCCAUUUUUUUCUGACUAG